GGGCGGUGGCAGGAUCCGAGGCCCAGCCCUUCGAGAGACAACAUGGUGUCGUGCAUCGUUUCCCGAGUCGUUGUGUUGGUCUUUGGGAUGCUGUAUCCUGCUUAUUAUUCCUACAAAGCUGUAAAAACAAAAAAUGUCAAGGAAUACGUGCGGUGGAUGAUGUACUGGAUUGUGUUUGCUCUUUAUACGUUUACUGAAACAUUAACUGACCUCUUGAUCUCUUGGUUUCCAUUGUAUUAUGAACUGAAGAUUGCUUUUGUUAUUUGGUUGCUGUCUCCAUAUACAAGAGGGGCAAGUUUAAUAUAUAGGAAGUUUCUCCAUCCUCUUCUUUCUUCAAAAGAAAGGGAGAUUGACGAUUACAUUGUGCAAGCCAAAGAACGUGGUUAUGAAACAAUGGUGAACUUUGGUAAACAAGGCUUAAACUUAGCUGCUACUGCUGCAGUGACUGCAGCUGUAAAGGGCCAAGGAGCAAUAACAGAGAAAUUGCGGAGUUUCAGCAUGCAUGACCUCACGGCAAUCCCAGACGAUGAGCCAAUAGGACAAAGGCACUACCAGACUUUGCCGGCUACCAAAAAGAAAACCAAGGGCUCAAUUCCCAAUGAACCCUUAGGUUAUGGUAUUCCAGUAAAAAAGGAUUCUGAAGAUGAUAAAACAGAUGAAGAGAGGGAAGGGACAUAUUCAGAAGAUGAGAUGUUUGCUCAGAGAGGUCUCCGUCGAACACAAAGUAUGAAAUCUGUAAAAACAAUAAAAGGACGCAAAGAGGUGCGAUGUGGCUCAUUAAAAUACAAAGUGAAGAGAAGGCCACAAGUGUACUUCUAAUCUACACAAGGAAACAUCUAUGUACUAAUAGUUUUUCUGUUUUUUUGGUCCAAUCUCUGAGAAACAGUUGGCAUUUGUAUGGAUUUGUAUUCUCAACCCAGAGCUUUAUUUCAGUCACAUAAGAGAAAGGAAAGACCACCUGGAUGCAUAUUGUGCUUCGGUUUCAUAGAUACCCAAAAAUUAAAUUACAUUUUUUCUUUUAAGAGAGGAACAUAUUUAGCCUAUUUUUACUUAAUGAAACUUUUGUGAAUAUGAAUAGCGCUUUAUAUUUCUGUGCUUCAUGAAUUAAAUAAUUUCAUGACAGAUUCUUAAUUCAGUAGCUGAGUGUUUUAAAUGUUAGCUGAUGUCCAACACUUAAUAAAAAUGGCACUUCUGUAGAACUUCUGUACUAUAUUGGAGAUCUCGUUGUUGAAAACAUUGUAUUUUUAAAUUCCUGCAAGUUGUCCAAGUCAAGAGUGUGAAAAAUUGAACACAGGGCAUAUUUUGGAAGUAAUCUUCUGAAUGGCUUGGAUCCAAAGAGUUAUUUAAGGUCGUAGAAGAACAUUGCACCACCUCGUAAAAUCAGCCAUUUCCAUUUCAUUUUGAAAUUCCUCUCAAUGCACUGCGAUGUGAAGACACUGUUGUUCUGUUUGAAGACUGUCUUGGGUUUGUUUGUUUCAAUGCGGCUUUUGUGUUGUUUACUGCAAUGGUUUGAGUUAGCCUGUGCAUUUAGCAUAGCUGAUAAUGAAAAUCAUAGUUUUCUGUUACUGUACAUUCAGCAAUUUAUAUUCCAUCUAUCCAUC